GCGGCAAGGAAGCAGCCUCGUCCAAUAGGAGCGUCGUUACUCUUUUACUCUUUCUGCGGAGCAUUAAAGGGAUUUGUGAGUGUUAUUCUUUCCCGAGGUAUUCAGAGCUGAGAGUCCUGGUUGAACGACGGGGAGGAAACUUUGAAGCGGCGCAUCGCAGCUCUCCUGCUUCAGUAUGACUCGUCUGUGAAAGGAUUUGAAUAUCAACGACACAGAAAGUAGAUGGAGGAACCAGAAGGUACAGAUCAUUGUUACUGUGCGGGAUGUGGAGGAGAUAUUCAAGACUCGUUUCACAUGAAAGUCCUGCAGGACACCUGGCACACCGCCUGCUUCCAGUGUUCUGUGUGCUGUGACCACCUGACUAACUGGUACUAUGAGAAGGAAGGCAAGCUGUACUGUCGCAAGCACUACUGGGAGAAGUUUGGAGAGCUCUGUCAUGGCUGCUCCCUGCUCAUGACUGGACCCACCAUGGUGGCCGGAGAACACAAGUAUCACCCGGAGUGCUUUUUGUGUCUGAGCUGCAAGGUGGUGAUUGAGGACAGGGACACCUACGCCUUAGUUGAGCGGUCCAAACUUUACUGUGGAAAGUGCUACAAGCAGGUGGUUCUUACACCCAUGUUAGAGAAGUGCUCCCACGAGUCCGUGCUGGACUCCCUGCCACACACCGUGACCCUCAUCUCCAUGCCGUCUUCAGCCAACGGCAAGAGGGGCUUCUCCGUCACAGUGUUGAGGGACGUCAACGGCUCAGCGAGUGUUCAAGUCAAAGAAGUCAGAGGGAUGCUCAUUAGUCCAGAGGUCCGAAAUGCCAUCCAUGUUGGGGACAGGAUCCUGGAGAUUAAUGGCCUUCCUGUGGGGACAUUGAUGCAGGAGGAGGUGGAUGAUCUUAUUCACCGCACCAGUCACACGCUGCAGCUACUGAUGGAGUACGACCCAGUCAGGCAGCGUUUAGACCGGCUCAGACUCGGGUCGCCGAGAACCCAUCUGGGAGUCUCAGCCACGCCCCGCAUGCGUCUGUCCUCGCCCGCUAAAACGGUCCUGGAGAGAACCGAUGUGGUUGACGACAGCACACUGAAAAGAAGGUCUUUGAGGCGCAGUAACAGCACAUGCAAGUCACCAGGGCCAAAUUCUCCUAAAGAGAUGCCUUUUAUUACCCAAAACAUCGGGCGCUCUGAAUCCUUGAGAUCCUCCAGCAGCUCUCAUCGCAUCUUCCGGCCAUGUGACCUCAUCCACGGAGAGGUCUUAGGAAAAGGCUUCUUCGGGCAGGCUAUAAAGGUGACUCUUAAAGCCACAGGAGAAGUGAUGGUGAUGAAGGAGCUGAUCCGUUGUGAUGAAGAGACCCAGAAGGAUUUCCUAAAGGAGGUCAAAGUAAUGCGGUGCCUCGAACAUCCCCACGUGUUGAAGUUCAUUGGUGUGCUAUACAAGGACAAGCGGCUCAAUUUGAUAACCGAGUACAUUGAGGGAGGCACCCUGAAAGAUUUCAUCCGAGACACGGAUCCGUUUCCAUGGGAGCAAAGGGUGAGCUUUGCAAGGAGCAUCGCUUCUGGCAUGGCCUACCUUCACUCCAUGAGCAUCAUACACAGAGACCUCAACUCUCACAACUGCCUGGUUAAACUGGACAACACUGUGGUUGUCGCUGACUUUGGACUGUCCCGACUCAUACUAGAGGACAAAGUUACGCCUCCGCCUGAAAAAUCGACCACGAAGAAGAGGGUGUUCAGACGCAUCGACCGAAAGAAGCGGUACACUGUCGUGGGAAACCCUUACUGGAUGGCUCCAGAGAUGCUAAAUGGUAAACGCUAUGACGAGAAGGUGGACAUUUUCUCCUUUGGAAUUGUACUCUGUGAGAUCAUUGGAAAAGUCUACGCAGAUCCCGAGUGCCUCCCCAGGACUCUGGACUUUGGCCUGAAUGUUGGCAAGUUUGUGGAGAAGUUUCUCCCUGAAGACUGUCCACCAGCUUUCUUCCCACUGACCGUAGCCUGCUGCGACCUCACCCCAGACAACCGCCCACCUUUCCAGAAGCUGGAGGACUGGAUUGACGCUCUGUCCCUCAACCAGGAGCUGGGGAUCCCCCUGCCAGCCGAACUGGAUGAACUUCACCAGAGCGCGAGUCGACUCUACAUGGCUAAGGACGGCUCCACGUCCCAGAGCACAGAUCAGUCAUUAAGCCCAAGAGCAGCCCCUCCAGACUCUUCCAGCAUGACAGGCAGUGGCACCUAGGACCUGCGUCUGUCUUCUUUGACCCCUCUCAACUGCUGCACUAAUACUGUAGAUGAGAAAAAGAGGGAAAUUGUGUUAAACUGGAUAACCUGUGGUAGCUGGACCAAUCUCCUUGUGUGGCGCCUUAACUCUUAAAGUGCCAGUGAACUUGGAAAGACACAUUUCAAAAGGACUAGUGUUGGUUACUAUUUUGUUCUACCCUGUUAAGCCCCCACUCAAAACACACACACACACACAGGGUUUUACUAAUGUUUACGGUGUAAAAAGACGAUAUGCAACAUUCUUUGGUCCUUUCCCCGACAAUAGACGAACAUCUUAAAAAGACUCGAUGAGUCUGAUGUGACGGCAGUUUUGUUUUUCGUGCUCUGAAGUUGUGGUGUGCUGUGAGUGGAAUGCACAGAUCAGUCCUUGUCCACCAGAGGACUCCACUUCUGUACUUUAGAGACUAAUGAUUUGUAUUAAUUUCUUAGAACGAUGAAUUAACUUUUUGCCACACUGACAUUUUGUUCAAAGGUUCUAUCAAACACCUGAUGCCUAUUAAAUAAAAACGGGGCAGAAGCUCUUAUGGAAAGUAGGGCUGCUGUUAAUAAUUGUCAGACAUAAUCACUCCACUUAUUGACCGUAAGAAGUUGCUUUGUACAGAAGAACUGGAUUUUUUUUUUCUUAAGCGAUGUAUAUAAAUAUGUACAUAUCAUGCCUCUAAUUACAUGACAUUGUCUAAUGGGAACUCUAGAUGUUUGUAGAUGUUUGGACAUUUUCUCACUAUGGAGGUUUUUGCCUUUUUGCUGUCAUCAUGCAAGGUACUGACGACCAGCUGUAACCACUAUUAUUUAUAUCACUGUAGUGUUUCAUAAAUAAACUUUCUUAAAUCUU